CGCAGCAUGGUAACAGUCUACGUGAGCUGCAUCUCAUUUACAGCUGGCAGUGGGUGGCAUGCAGUCAGCAUCUGAAUUUCCUGUUGCAUGAAAUGAGACUUGUUUUUGCACAGCUGUUUAGCUUGUGUAUUUUCUAAACAGCGUUGGAUAUGAAAAGACCUCCUAACUUACUUUGUCAACAACGGGCUGUUUGCCACUGAAACACCGACUGAUGUGACUCUGUGGUGGAUUUGUGAGGGCUGUACGGUUUAAAAAAUAUGCACGCGCCCAGCCGGCCGGACUACGUGUCUAUCCACUUCACUGGGCAACAGACGGGGAGCUACAAUAAUGGCAAGCAGUGGAGGAGACAGUCGUACUGGAGGAAAUGGAAGCAGCUGUCCAGGCUACAGCGGAGUCUUUUCCUCUUCAUGCUUGUACUGCUUUUCAUCUGUGGCCUGGCUUCCUAUUCUUCUGUUACGAAGCAGCUCCGAGGUUUUACAGUGAGAGAGCAGGAGACGGAGAGCAACAUCCUUCUGAAACCCUUCAAACCUCAUGUGCUGCCGGAGCCUGUCAGACAGGGCCAAGACCUGCUGCCUGAACAGCCCUCUCAGAGGAAAUUAUCCAAUAAGAGAGGACCUCCUGUCCUUCCGAACCGUCUUCAGAAGAAAGGAAACACAUCUAAUAUCCUGUCUGAAGUCAAGGCAGCUGACAUCAAGAAGGAGGGAGACGAGGAGAGAGUCAUCAGCUGGCGUGGGGCGGUGAUCGACACUGUCCAGGUCACAGAAGGUGCCAAAUAUGGAGAAAACAAGGAGGACUCUCCUGGCAACCGGAAUGUCAACCAGUCAAAAGUUUUAGAGACAGAGCGGAUGGAGGCAGUGCGGGAAGCUUUCAGACAUGCCUGGAAGGGUUACAAAGAAUAUGCCUGGGGCCACGACGAGCUUCGGCCCGUCUCCAGGUCCUACAGCGAGUGGUUCGGGCUCGGCCUCACGCUGAUCGAUGCCCUGGACACCAUGUGGAUCCUGGAGCUCAAGCAGGAGUUUGAAGAAGCCAGGGAAUGGGUUGCCUCAGAGCUCACCUUCAACAAAAAUGUUGAUGUUAAUCUGUUUGAAACUACCAUCCGCAUCCUGGGAGGCCUGCUGAGCACCUACCACCUGACCGGAGACAGCCUCUUCCUGGAUAAAGCUAAAGACAUUGGCUCCAGGCUGAUGCCAGCCUUCAACACACAGUCUAAGAUUCCCUACUCUGAUGUAAACAUUGGGAAAGGCACCGCCCACCCACCUCGCUGGACCUCUGACAGCACUGUGGCUGAAGUUACAAGCAUUCAGCUGGAGUUCAGGGAGCUCAGCCAGCUUACCCAGGAACCUCAGUACCAGGCUGCAGUAGCUGAAGUCAUGAAUCAGGUCCACAAGCUAGAAGGCAAGCUGGACGGUCUUGUUCCCAUGUUCAUCAACACUAACAGUGGGCAGUUCACCCAUCAAGGCAUCUACACACUGGGAGCCAGAGCAGACAGCUACUAUGAAUACCUGCUGAAGCAGUGGAUCCAAGGUGGCAAGAAGGAGAACCAGUUUUUGGAAGACUAUCUGCAGGCCAUUGAGGGUGUAAAGAAGAACUUGCUGCAGAAAUCUUCACCAAACGGUCUUGUUUUUGUUGGAGAACUCUCCCAUGGACAGUUCAGUCCUAAAAUGGAUCAUCUGGUAUGUUUCCUCCCCGGCACUUUGGCCCUCGGUGCUCAUAAUGGCCUCCCUGCUGAUCACAUGGACCUGGCCAAGGAGCUGAUGCACACCUGCUAUCAGAUGUACGUCCAGAUGGAGACUGGCCUCAGUCCUGAGAUUGUUCACUUCAACAUGCACCAGGGCAGUAUCAGAGACAUUGAUGUGAAGCCUGCAGACAGACACAAUCUUCUUCGACCAGAGACUGUGGAGAGUCUCUUCUAUUUGUACAGGUUCACUAAAGAUCGCAAAUACCAGGACUGGGGCUGGAAGAUUCUACAAAACUUUAACAAAUACACCAAGGUUUCCUCUGGUGGCUACACAUCCAUCAACAACGUGUGUGAUCCAGAUUAUCCCAGUCCCAGAGACAAGAUGGAGAGCUUCUUCCUGGGAGAGACCCUGAAAUAUUUCUACCUGCUCUUCUCCGAGGACGCUGACCUCAUCAGUCUUGACAAGUACGUCUUCAACACCGAGGCUCAUCCACUGCCCAUAUGGCCUCCGGCUGAGCCACAGCCACUGUGAACCAGAACACUUCUCAGGGUUGGUAUGACACCAGAACCACCUCUGUCUGUGUAAGUAGCAGAAUGACAUCAGAAAACUGGCUCCUUUAUAGCUAUCCAGACUUUGCUACUAUUGAAAAGUUAAGUCACAUUCAUGGCUAAGCCUUUGUUUAUUUGUUGGACUGGUUGGUUUUGUGCUGGUGAUGAUCAGAUCCUGACCUUGAUCAGGAGGAACUGUGGAGGGUGGGUUGAUCACAGCUGGAGCUGCUGGGCCAAGUUCUACAACAUCCACUUUGGAACUACCUGACAUUUUUUUUAUUUUCAGAAAUGGUUUCUAGACUUUUUUUCUACUGUUAUUAAAAACAAAGUAUCUACCUUGCAGCUGUGAGCGACUGCAGGCUCGUCGUCUCCACAUUCCAAGCAAGCUGAACCGUUUCUCUCCCAGGAACAGGAAGCAGUUCUCAUCAUGAGCCAUUUGGUGAGACUGAAGCUGUUUUUAGCCGUCCCUAGAGCUUCCUGACAGGCGCACAGCUGUGCUGCAUUCAUGUCAUUCAGCUGCAGCUUCUUUAACACGUGUCCUGAUUGUUGAAGAUCUAAUAGAAAAUAUAGAAUUUCUCUCUGUAUUUGAGCUGCCACCUUUUAUUUGACUGAAAAUCAAUGCAAAUUAUGCAACAUUAAUACUGAGGACAUCUAUUAUUACAGGAAGGUCCAAAUGCCUCAUAAAUGAGAAAUCAAAUGCUCCUUUACAAAGCAACAAAUUAGUGUUUAUUAAGGCGGUUAGUUUGGGUCCAGUCACCUUACGCUAGUUUGUUCCUCCAUUUUCUCCCCACAGUGUACCAUUUCAUCACGCACUACUGUUUCACAUCCAUGUAGUGUAGUUAUCAUGGUAAUCUUUAUAGUUCAGUCUUUCCACUGAUUAUGGUUCUGACCCUUGUACACUCCAAUUGACUUAAAAUGUCAGAGGUUACGACCUCUUGAUCAACCACUUUAGCUAUGAGAUCCACCCUGCUUAUGGUCCCAGAACCACAUGACCUCACAACACACCUACACAGGACAGGUGGAGAAACUGACCAUAUAUGGUGACUCUGGAGAGGCCAGAGCAGAGCGUCCUGCAGCACUGCUUCUUUGAUUUGAAAGUCGUGCAGAAAAGUUUAGCUACAAAUGUGCAAAAUGACCAACACUUAAGAAAUGUGUUGAUUACCUACAGGGUUUUUUUUUUAUCACAUCUUUACUUCUGUUAAACAGCUAGAUUAGACAGUCUUAACUUCCAGGGGAAUGUUUGACCUCUUCCAUAAGCUUUUGCCAAGUUUACUACUUCAGAUCAACACCACCAGUUGGCUUCAGUGGUUAGUGGGUGUGGCAAACAAUAAGCCCGAUUUUGUUCAUAAACUGUUUUAAAAAGCUGUACUGCAUCAGAAGGAUAGAGUGUUGCAGUUCUGAGUAGCCAGCUCCUCCUGGCACUUCUUGCCUAUCUUUGGAUGGGUUGCUCUGAUACCGCCUUUAAGAUGCAUUUAAACAGCAUGAAGUGGCCGAGAUAAUAAAAGUGAAGAUGCACUCUUUGCAGGACCCAGAGUAAGUGGUUCUGGCUCCAGUUUCCCGCUGUGGACACAACAAACACGGUUUACCUACUGACUUUUUCGGUUUCACUCCUCCUGACAUGAAUGCAGCAUCUGUGGUUGAUGCUUGGAGUAACAAAACUGCAAGAACAUUAAAUCUUCAACAUAUGUCAUGUGGUUUCUAGUGAAAUAAGAUAAAACUUAAAAGUAACUUUUCAGGAGCUUGUUUGAAGUCCAUAAUUUUUGAAUAUUUAUAAAAAGUACUAACUUUGCUGGCAGAUUUUUUUUAAAUUUUUUCUUUACAACAUUUGAAAAUGUCUAGUUAGAAGUGAAAAACUCUGCCAGUGAUACCAGCAUGUUUUAAUCAAUAUUGAAGAAUUAUUGAUUCCAAACUCCUAUUUCUUGCAGAAAAUUUAUGUCUUAGUUAGUUUUAUUUUACUUCACUAGAAACUAAAUAAAAUACCUGUUAAUAUUUUGUGUUUUUGAAUUGAAGCCAAUGUGGGUAACAACAAGCCUAAGGCCAACAUGGAGAUGGUUACUGGGAUUUGGGGGUUUUGUGUAUAUGUUGCAGGGUAAAAGUACAUGUCAUUUUUAAUAUGAGAGAAAAUGUGAUCUAUGAAGUUCAAAUAAUAUAUUGAUUUCUUGUGAAUAUUUAAAACCUGAAUUUCUUCUGAUAACUGAGUUUUCUUAGCGAGCUAAGUGGAGUUCCUUUAGUUUGGGGAUAGAUAACCAUGUGUAGUGAAGAGCACUAGUUGACAUGCUCCUGGUUGUGACUGAGACCAAACUCUUCUGGACUCCAUAUCUUCGUCCUUCUCACAUGUGCCUUUAAUCUUGCCUCAGACAACCUUCAGUCCAUUUAUCUGUUUUUCCAUGCGUCAUAAAUCUAGAUUAUUUUUCCAUCAGAGUAGUGACAAUUUUCCUCCAAUCAGUUCUAAGGUUUACAUGAUGUUAAUCCUGCCUACAAGAACUCAGAUCUUUCCCUCAGUCGUGUUUCAGCAGAACUCUUGAGCCAAAGAUAUGCUGAAAAUGUUCUGAAAUCUUUUAAAUUUUUUCUUCAAUUGUUUGAGAGUUAAAUUAUGAAAAGCCAUUCUUCAAAAAGGUGCCAUUUGAGAAAAGUCUAUUUUUAGCAUUUUUGAUGAAGAUUUCAUCAAAUAAAGGUUUUGUAUUCUAGCUGAAUCUCAAUGCAUGAAACAGUAUAUAGUCACUCUAUCCACACAGAGAUGGCUCUGCUGUGGAAAUAUUUCGCCUGGGUUUCUGUCUGGGCAGGUCUGAGGCAGUCAUCUCACAAUACAAAUGCCAGCAGCCACACUGUGCCAAUGUCUUGAACUUUUUCCAUAUUUAGAAGGAAAAUCAGAAAUUAAAAAUGUUUGCAAAUGUGAAAUCUUAAUAAGUAGAGCACAAUAAAGCAGGGAUGGUUGUCAGUUUUUACAGCCCCGACACUGCAGCACAGUGACGUCUGGUAGGAGUGAAGAAUAUUAGCAGGACUUUUCCUAAUUUGCCUUCUACCUUAUGCUGGUAGAGGAAUACAAAAAGCUGGAAAUUAUCUCCAUGUUUCCUGAGAAAUAAAUAUAUGUUUCUUCCUGAAUCCUGUCUGACCUUUCCCAGACAAACUUCCUGAUGGAAAAACUUUGUGUACAUGCUGACUUUGGAUCCAGUUCUUGACAAGACUUCCUUCUGCCCCCAGUUGACCAGUGGAGACCAGUGUGUGGUCCAGCAAAUGGCUCUGGGGUGGUUGUGGUUUUGUUGUUUGCUCAAUUCCAGUUUCUUCUCUACCAAAUGUCGAUGUGCCCUUGGGCAAGGCACUUGAAGAAAAUGAGAAGUGGCUAUAGAUUUGACUGUUAACGCAGCUGUUUAAUGUUGGUUGAAAACAGGAACUGAAAUUAAGGAGUUUCAAAUGGAACAGAAGCAGAAAUGUUCAGGAUGUUGAACAUUUCUGGUAAGAAACUUAAUUUAAUGCAGCAUCUAAAUGUAGUUGGGUAUGAGGACGUUAAAGUGGUUAAACUACUGAGACUGUUCGCUUAGUCCUAUGAAUUUCUUUCCCCUGUGCACAGUUCAUAAAUGUCUGGAUUCUUUACUUGUUUGUUUUGGAGGUUCAUGGAAAAAAAUAACUAUUUUUGAAAGCUCACUGUUUAAAUUUUCUUUCCUUUCAAUAUUUCCAAGCAUAAGCUGUUUUUGUAUUGUCAUACAUGCUGGAUUUUCUUCUUUAUUCUUGAAUAAAAUAUUGAGUUUUGAGAAA